UAGAGGGCGCAGCCAGCUGUCCGCUGGCGCGGCUGCGGCUGCCACUUCCUCAUCGCUGCAGAGGCAACUUGUGCGCUCUACUCCCUUGCGCUCCGCGGGGACUUCCACUGGGGCACCUAGCCCCGUCCACGGCUCUCGAUCCGGACUCGCAGAGCCUGCCCCGACGGCGACAGAGUGCCAGAGGAAGGCGGCUAGCAACCGAGCCCUACAUCGGCAGGCGGAAAAGACUUUCUCCGCAACUUCUGCACAGCAAUGUCCAAGCCGCCACCUAAACCAGCCAAGCCAGGGCAAGUCAAAGUCUUUAGAGCCCUGUAUACCUUUGAGCCCAGAACACCAGAUGAGCUGUAUUUUGAAGAGGGGGACAUAAUCUACAUUUCUGAUAUGAGUGACACAAAUUGGUGGAAAGGAACUUGUAAAGGCAGAACUGGACUGAUCCCCAGCAACUAUGUGGCUGAACAAGCAGAAUCUAUUGACAACCCACUACAUGAAGCAGCCAAGAGAGGAAACUUGAGCUGGCUGAGGGAGUGUUUGGAUAACAGAGUUGGUGUGAAUGGAUUAGACAAAGCUGGAAGCACAGCCUUGUAUUGGGCAUGCCACGGAGGACAUAAAGACAUAGUGGAAGUGUUACUGACGCAGCCAAAUGUAGAACUAAACCAACAGAAUAAACUGGGAGAUACAGCUUUGCAUGCUGCUGCAUGGAAAGGUUAUGCAGAUAUUGUUGAAAUGCUGCUGGCAAAAGAUGCCAGAACAGAUUUAAGAAACAAUGAGAAAAAAUUGGCUUUUGACAUGGCUACUAAUGCUGCAUGUGCUUCCCUGCUUAAAAAGAAAAAAGGACAAGACAUCAUGCGAACAUUAAGUAAUGCAGAGGAAUACCUUGAUGAUGAAGACUCUGACUGAAUUGCCUUCUACUACUUUAAGAUCUACAACCUUCCUCGCCUUCACCUUCCUUAAAAUCCUUUCUCUCUGCAACCACAAAGUGUACUUUCGCAUACACAAUAAUGAAGUGUUACAAUAAUUGUAAAUAUCAUGAUGAGAGAAUUCUUCUGCAACUGACCCCAUAUCAGGGGCCGUGAAUUAUCUAGUUUCAAACUAUUUGUCUUGGUAAGAAUAUAUGUAAGACGGGUUUCCCUACCAAUUCUCUAACUGGAGGACUGAACUUACCAAUCUCAUACUGGAAAUGUGUAUUAAGCUUUGAAAACAGGGGUGCUCCAAAUAUUUGGGAUGUACAGAAUACAUCCUGUUUGCAAGGAAAGUAAUCAUCCUAAGAUGUAUUGGGAACAAUUAGUAUUAUUUUACAGAGAGGAACCUCUCAGGUAGAAGAUGUGCUGUAGACACCCCUCGCUACCAGUGCAGCUGUGUGUAAUUAAGUAAAAUGAGUUCCUUGCAUGCAGAAGCUGCAUGGGGAACUGAAAUGGUAAAGGAUAUACAAGGAUUACUUCUAAUGGUACUGCCUCCCUUGCCUUGUUGGAGAAUAUGUGUAAGGUUAGAACAAGCCUUCUAGGACAUGAGUGAUACAUGUGCACUUCCCACUGCUGCCUGGGAAUACCCAUGGUAGGAGAGCGAUAAUACUGUAGCAGCCUUGAUCAAGGCUGCAGAGUUAGUAAUGUUGGCAGAACAAAGUGAGCACCAUUUGCUUCACUGACCCACACAAAAAGCCUCAAAUACCUCCCCCCCCCACCCCGAUUGCUCUGAGGAUGUAACGAGGCUGAGCCCUUCCUUCCCUUCCAUGGCAACUGCAAGGGGAAGGGAAAUGGAUUCAGAGAUGGGCCCAGUCUUCAGCAGCCUCUGAUCCCAAAUUCUUCACAAUGGUUACCUUGUGCAUGAAGAGAUGCUGAUCCCUUCCUUUCCCUCGGGAAUUCUCAUUGUUCAUUCCCCUUACUAAUUUUGUUGGCUCCACUGUGUGUGUGUGUGAGUGUGUGUAUGUGUGGUUAAUGGAUGACCUUUUUAUUUUAUGACUCAGUCCUAAAGACCUUAGACAGGAAGUAGUAUUCUUUUUAAUGGUAGCGGUUAAGACCUUUACCCCCAGUCUAACAGAUACAAACACAGCACCACCAGGUAACCAUCAAUCGUUCUGAUCCGCUGUUGAGCAAAGAGCAAGGAGUAGGGGAGGAAUAUCCAAUCUCUGUGGGCCUUCCCCAGUAUAUGAUGGGUGCUGUUGCUGCACACAGCCUGACAAGCUGAGGAGCCUUGCGCACAGCAAGUAUUCACAAGGUUCCUCAUCCAGUUAGGGAUACUGUACAGAAGCCUGUUUCUCUGUGUGUUUGCCACCCUGCUGAGUUGGGGUAUUUAUUUUGGUAAGGAGCUUAUUCUUUGACUUGAAGUGACAGUCACGUUUAAAAUGUAUUUGGGGGAAUGUUUUUCACUUCAUCUUGUCUUAAGAAAAAUUAUUCCCUCUUGCUUUCCCGUUUCAUUCUUCCUGUCCUUUUGAAGACUUUUAUGUUGUUAUUUUAUUUCUAAGUUUUUUUUAAAAAAAUCAGAUCUGAUGUGUUUCUGAAAUAAUUUUAAGUAAAAAACCAUGACCAAAAGUAUUGUCAGAAAAGAAUCCAGUCCAAAUAAAUAUUUUAAAAUGC